AUGUCAGAUCCAUCUAGCUCAAGUUCGUCCAACGCUGCCGAGUCGAUUGCCAAGGCCGCUCGAGAAGCGUUCGAGCAAUCUCAAUUGGUUGAUGUUUCAGAAAGGGAUUUAGCACUGAAAGCUAUUAGAGAAGUAUUGGAAGGGAAGAAAGAUGAAGUACUGGCUGCCAACAAGGAAGAUAUGGAGACGGCAGAAGCUUUGUUAGCUCAAGGGAAAUUAUCCAAAUCACUCGUAUCAAGAUUAGAUUUAUCUCGAUCAGGUAAAUUCCAAGCUAUGCUACAAGGUAUAACGGAUGUAGCUUCAUUACCAGUCCCAACUGGACAAGUCACUUUUGCGAAAGAAUUAGGCCCAGGAUUAGAUUUACAUAGAGUCACUUGUCCAGUCGGUGUUUUAUUAGUCAUUUUCGAAGCUAGACCUGAAGUUGUGGUUAAUAUAGCUGCCCUGGCUAUAAAAUCUGGUAACGCAGCCAUAUUGAAAGGAGGCAAGGAAUCUUUACGAACCUCAACCAUCUUAUCAUCUCUUAUAGCGGAAGCAUUAAGUAAAACUUCAAUUCCUCCUACAUUCAUCCAAUCUGUCUCGACUCGAUCUGAGAUAUCAUCUCUGCUCGCUCAAGAUAAAUACAUCGAUUUGGUUAUGCCAAGGGGAGGAAACGAAUUGGUGAAGAGCAUUCAGAACAACACGAGGAUUCCUGUGAUGGGUCAUGCGGAUGGUAUUUGUGCUGUAUAUGUGGAUGAGACUGCUGUAGAAGAGAAAGCUUUAAGAGUCGUGGUGGAAUCAAAGACAGAUUACAUGGCAGCGUGUAAUUCCGCUGAAACACUUCUUAUACACGAAUCAUUACUAUCCACAUUAUGGCCCAAACUCGCUUCUACUCUGAUAUCGAAUAACGUUCAUCUUCGAUGUGACGCAUUGACUUUAUCAUCACUGAAGGACUUAGCUGAGGCAUCAUCGGAAUUUAUCAGUGAAAGUACCGAAGAAGAUUAUCAUACAGAAUUCCUUGGUCCGAUAUUAGCUGUCAAGACGGUCAAAUCAGUCUCUGAAGCAAUCAAACAUAUCAAUUCACAUUCAUCACAUCACACAGAUUCAAUCAUAACUGAAAAUGAAGAAUCGAUGUCGUCAUGGUGUAGAGGAUUAGACAGUGCGAACUGUUUCAUUAACGCUUCGACUAGAUUCGCCGAUGGAACGAGAUAUGGUUUAGGUACAGAAGUUGGUAUUUCAACUGGUAAAACUCAUGCGAGAGGUCCAGUGGGUUUAGAUGGUCUAGUCAUUUAUAAAUAUAUGAUGAGAAGUAAAAACACUUCGGGAAGUACCAUUGCAGAUUAUGAAAAGGGUGAUAAUCGAUAUACUCAUGAAGAUUUGGAAAGAGGUAAACCACCAUUUUAA